AACGCCGAAGUAGGGUUAUGUGUUAUAUAGGUUAUGUUGUGACAGAAAAAUUUUGUUGUUAUUUUACUUUUGAUACCCUAUUUUGCAAUUUUCAAGUUUCUUUAGCAGUAGCAUUAAAUGGCGAACAAUCAACAAAUUAUGAAUAACCUGCGGGUUAUUCUAGGCGACGAUGUCGAACCUAAUAUAGUUUCUUACAUAGCAACAAUGAAACAUGAAGAAGAUUACGAAGAGUUCAUGGAGAACAUCUUAAAUAAACAAAAUACAGCCCAUUUAAAUGCUUACAAUGCAAUAAAAUACCAGUUGUUUGGCAACAAAUUAAAGCAAAAGAAACCCAGUCAGUCGACUGGAAACAAUAAUCCCAGUUCUAGUCAAAAUAGCAACCCGGGUUCAGAUAAAUCUAAGGAUAAUCAGAGUGCUGGAUAUGGGAAAAAGAAUAAGAAGAAAUUUAAAGAUAUAAAAGAAUACCAGGAACAAAAAAAGGAGAAGGAAGGUCGUCAUUGUUGUGACUGUAUGGGUCAGGAACAUGAAUUUAUGAAUAAUUGUCAGGAGUGUGGAAGGAUUCAUUGUUAUAAAGAAGGUCCAGGGCCUUGUUUAUUUUGUGGGAAUGAGAUCCGUGUAAGGGGGGAAGUACAGAGUAGUAGUAAUACUAAACCUCUCAUGAAACCUAAGCUAAAUAAAAUUUUCGAUGACGACAAUGACUAUUUCAAAAUAAAUGCAAAAAAGGCUGAAGGUGAUAAGCGAAAAAUGGUGGUAGCUCUAGACUUUGCUAGUAGAAAGGUCAUUGAGAGCACCCAAGAAGACGCUAAGCUGAGAAAACUCCUUUUGGAGGACUCAAUUGAACAUUUAAAACGAGUGGAGGAGGUUUACAAGAAACUGCAGAACCAAAACAGCGGAAAUCUUCUAAAAAAACAUAAUAAAGUCAACAAUGAACUGGUGGAUUUAUUAAUACAAAUGCGCCAUAAAAAACCAACAGAGAAAGAGGACCUUGGUGAAGAAGAUGCCAAAAUGCCUCUUAUAAAAUAUGACAACCAAAUAUUUGAUGAGGACCUUGCGGCAACUGUUGAUCAAGGAUUGUGUCUAAGUAUGCAUCAGCCAUACGCAAGUUUAUUAGUUGCUGGGGUGAAAAAGCACGAGGGAAGAGUAUGGCCGACCAAUCAUAGAGGUCGUUUGUGGAUUGCCGCGGCUGCCAAACAACCUGAAGAAGAAGAGGUUGCUGCUUUAGAACAGUUUUACAGGGAGUUUUAUAAAGAUUACACAUUAAAGUUUCCAAAGGAAUACCCAACAAGCUGCCUCUUAGGUUGUGUUACCGUAGAAGACUGUUUGGAUGAAACCGCUUAUAAAGAAAAAUUUGGAGAAAACGGCGAAUCAAGCAGCCCAUACGUUAUGAUUUGCUCAAAUCCCAUUAUUUUGCCGGUGUUUUAUCCUAUUAGUGGAAAACAUAAGAUCUAUCCGCUGGACAAGGAGUUACAUAAGUGCGCAAAGUUAGCUCUGCAACAUGCAAAAUACUUAUAAUAUUAGGAUAUUGUUUAUAAUAAAAAUUACAAAAAGAUCA